ACUAUGACAAGCUGAGAGUAUCCCUUAAAAAUGUACUUCACAGAAAGAAGAUGGGCGUAGAUUAAUUAGUAGGAUGGAGGGAUUCCUUUCUGUUCAUUUACACCAGGUUAUGCCAUGCACUGAGGAGAGGAGCUUCUCCAAGUGUGACCACAGCCAGAGUAAAACAAGAACCUCGACACGAAGAGGAGAGAUAAUGCUGAGGAGAGUUAGAACAGCGCUGUGGACCUAUCGCAGCACCGUCCUCAUUGUCCUCACCCCGCUGCUGCUCCUUCCUCUCCCUCUGGUCAGCAGAACUAAGGAAGCACAAUGUGCCUUUGUGCUGCUGCUCAUGGCCGUGUACUGGGUGACAGAGGUGAUCCCUUUGUCCAUGACCGCCAUGCUUCCCGCCAUCCUCUUCCCCUCCUUCGGCAUCAUGAAGUCAUCCAACGUGGCGAAGGAGUACUUCAAAGACUUUCACUUCCUAUUAGUGGGGGUCAUCUGCCUCGCCACGUCCAUUGAGAAGUGGGGCCUUCACCGCCGGAUAGCGCUGAAGCUUGUCUCCAUGGUGGGGGUGAACCCUGCAUGGCUGAUGCUGGGCUUCAUGUCUGGCUGUGCCCUCCUGUCGAUGUGGGUUCAAAACACUUCAGCGGUUGCCAUGGUGAUGCCCAUUGUAGAAGCUGUCCUCCAGCAGAUCCUAAAGGCCAAGGAGUUGGGAUGUGGCGGCAAUGUGAACCCGAACCUGCAGCUGGAUGAAACCAGCAUCAGCUCCCACACAGUGAAGGAGACUGUAAGCAACGACAAGAAACCAGAUGUUCCAUCAGAAGAUCUCAGCGGCGUUGAGGUUCAACCACAUAUUGACCCAGCUCAGGCUACAGCGUGCGUUCCAGCCGCCGUCAGCGGGAAUAAACAGGACCUAAUGUUGUGCAAAGCCAUGUGCCUCGGCAUCACCUACUCCUCCAACAUCGGUGGCAUCAGCACGCUGCCAGGAACCUCUCCCAACCUCAUCUUCUCUGAGUAUCUCAAUCAGAUUUACCCAGAAUGCAAUGCCAUCAACUUUGGGAACUGGCUGCUGAUGUGCCUUCCCAUCAGUCUCAUCAUGCUCCUGCUCACAUGGGUGUGGCUUUACUGGCUGUUCCUGGGCUCAGACUUCAGCUUCCUGUGGCGCUGCAAAGGAGAGCGCUCCCAGAAGGAGGAGGCAGCACAAAGGGUUAUAGAGGAGGAGUACAGGUCCCUGGGAGCCAUGAGGCCUCAGGAGAUCUUUACCGGCUUGGUGUUCCUGCUCAUGGUGCUUCUGUGGUUGACCAGAUCUCCAGGUUUCAUGCCAGGCUGGGCGUCUCUCUUCCCCCACCACCCCGGCUUCAUCACUGAUGCUACUGUGGCUUUGAUGCUGGGCCUCGUGUUUUUUAUCGUCCCUGCCUACGGACCUGACAGAAAAUACGAGGCCCUGAUAUCCUGGGAGGAAUUUCAAGCCUCCAUGCCGUGGAGGGUGGCCCUGCUGGUGGGGGGAGGAUUUGCACUCGCUGGAGGAGCAGAGGAGUCAGGCCUGUCCCUAUGGGUGGCGGAGCUGCUGACCCCUCUGGGGGAUCUGCCGGUCCUGGCCACCAUCACAGUGGCCUGCAUCAUCGUCACCACGCUGACAGAGGUGGCCAGCAACGCUGCCACCAUCACCAUCUUCCUCCCCAUUCUGUCUCCUCUGGCUGAGGCCAUCCAUGUGAACCCGUUAUACGUCCUCAUCCCCACCACACUCAGCACAUCCUUCUCCUUCCUGCUGCCAGUGUCCAAUCCACCCAAUGCCGUGGUUUUCUCCUAUGGAUACAUCUCCAUCAUGGACAUGGUGAAGGCUGGUAUUGGGGUCAAUGUGAUUGGGCUCCUAACAGUCCUGUUGGCUGUGGCAACAUGGGGGGUCCCUCUGUUUUCUCUAGACUCGUACCCUGACUGGGCGCCAGUCCUUCCAGGCUUUAACUCCACCAGACCUUAAUAAAAGAUCCAGCGAAUAUUUCAUGUUUGAGUGAA